AUGAGGGGUCCAAUAUGUUUGGCACAAACCAUUGAUGUUCAUGGCGAUGGCAAUUUUCCACAAGGUUGUUCCUUUAGUCCAGAUGGUCUCUGCAUUGCCACAGCAACUGCUGCUGACGCUAGGUUGCGGCUCUACAACACUGUCCACAAUAGUAACUGUACAACAGACGCUACAACAGACAACAAUGGCAAGACAUCCGUAAAAAUCCAUGCCUGGCAGACAGCCCUGGCUUCCACAGUAGUGGGUGAGACAAUUCGGUCCUAUGAUUGGUAUCCUCCCAUGAACUCCUCCGAUCCCUCCACGUGCUGCUUGAUUGCCACUGGAAGGGAUCAGCCGGUCCAGUUGAUUGAUGCCUACACGGGUGGAAUACGGGCCACCUAUGUGCCCAUGAAUGCCAUGGACGAAAUGGAAUCGCCAUCCGUGGUGCAGUUCUCUACGGAUGGUCAUUCCAUUGUCGCGGCAGGAUUUCGGACGGAACGAAUGAUUCAACUCUUUGACAGUGCGCGACCUGGGAAACAUGCCAGUAGCCUACUCAAAUUGGGACAAACAAGACGAUCCAGUGAUGGACAAAAGGGACUCGUGUCGGCAUUGGCAUUCCACUCACAACCACAACAACAAAGCAAUACCAAUUUGCUGGCAGUGGGAACCUAUGCUCCUGGAUCAAUUUAUAUCUAUGAUUUUCGUCAAGGAUCACAACAACCUUCCGGAACCAUCUGGAAUGGAUCUUGCAUUGUGGGACAUGGCAAGAAACAUGCGUCCAAAAAGCGGCGUAAUGGUGAGGACGACGACGACAACUUUUUCUCGGCCGCCAAGACACAGUGGUAUGCCCAUCGAGCCCAACGAGGGAUCACGCAGCUACAAUUUGAUCAAGAUGGAAAACUCUACAGUGCCAGUCGGAAUUCCGAUUCCAUUCUGGUCUGGGAUGUACGCAUGUUGUCGGGCAAUCCCAGCUACUCGAAUACGCCAAUCCGAGGCUAUACAAGUUUUCCAGUUUCUGCACCCACCAAUCAACGAAUCCAGUUUGCCUUGGACGACAGCUCGUCCCGACUGUUUGUGGGAGGAGUGCCAGAUACAUUUACGAAGAAGGCAGUGGUGCGAGUCUACAAUACCAGUGUGGAAUCGUCAUCUGACAAUAAGCUGGUGCAAGAACUAGUCAUUCCUGAAUGUGCACCUACAGAUGCUGUCAACGGUCUAUCCUACAAUGCCACAUAUGACAUGCUGGCAGUCGCCACAGGAUCCAGAAGAUUUCCUGAUUUUGAGGAUGCUAGCAAUGACAAUCAGCAGGAGCAGGAUGAGGUCCUCCCACCCGGAUCUCUUCGCUUGUACAAGUGGAAUACUGUUUCGACAACAAAAGAUAGUAGUACUGAUGGCAACACAGAUGGAAGUCCGUGA